AUGGAGCAGACAUCGAGCAACGGAAGUCCUCUGAUAGACCUUUGCGAGCCGACGAAUCUCAUCAUUGCACACACUGCAUGCAUCUCAUCAUUGUUUAAGAGAACUCAUCGACGCCGUCAGCUUAUGUGGCAAGGGACAACUCCUUUGACGACAGAAGGCCAGCGAAAGCGGAAGGAGCCGAAUCUUAACCUUCAGCUCGACUACGUUCUGACGAAGAACAUUCUUUUGUCAGAAAUCCAAAAAUCUAGAGCUGUGUGGGACGUCGCAUUCGAUUCCGACCACCGUUCAGUUCUUCUCAGCGUUAAAAACGCUGCAAAGAAAACACUCCCGGUUUUAGCACCGAGGAAGAAGUUCGCCUUUGCAUCUCCGGAGACAGUAUCCACGUGCAACUGUGUUGCCCACACCAGUAGUGACUUCAGCCAGGAGAAGCUUUUGAGAAGGAGGUUGCGUCGUCAGCUGAAACAUGAUCGUCCUGUUUCAUGUGCUCACGACGGUUAUUAUGUAGAAGACAGUAACGAAUGUUCAUGCAAAGCACAGUUUACCUCACCGCAAUGCACCCAACGCAUAUGUCAAAACGAUGGUCAAAAUCGAGCUGCAGGUGCAGCGGAUAAAGGCUGUCGAUGUCCUCCUGGUUUCUUGGGAACAAGCUGUGAGCCAGUGCAAUGUGUUGCUGGUGACAGUCAUUCAUUUUAUGAAGAAAGCGUAGAGCAAUCGCUUUAUGUACUUGUCACAUAUAAUACUCUCAUGAACGAUGCUAUUAAUACAACCAAAGACGACCCUUUUAAAGCAGUUUGCGGAGCUGUAAUUGGAAGGAAUAUCAGCAAUGCAUUUUGGAGCAUCGAUGGUGUGAUUUUUGCUAUUUCAUCAGACGAGUCAUCAGACGAGUGUGUGAGUGAUGCGAAAGAUAUGUGCGAUCCAGUUGACUCAUGUGAUCCGAAUACGCUAACAACAGACAGCAUAAUACGAAUUAUUGAUAUGUCGCAGGCUAAUUCGCAGGUUCUAAUAAUUACAAAUUCUGCAUUAGACGACACAUCCAGAAUCAAUGAAGCGAUUCGUAAAGCUAUUGCUCGAAAAAUCAAGGUACAUGUGGUUGCCUUGUUUCCUGAUCCUCCAAUAAUCUACAAGGACUAUAAUUCAUUGCCUGGGUAUACAGCUUUAAGGAAACUCAGCGAUGCAACUCUUGGUUUUUUCGUCAGUCCGUACAUGAUAGCGACCCAAUUGGCUGGGAGGAACACUUCUUCCGAAGUUAUCACUCAAAUAAUCGAUCUAUAUGCGCGUAAAGUGGAUGCGGUUGCAGUGCGUAGUGCUAAUAGAGAGGUAGUCAACUUACAGUAUAAUGUGAACGGCUCCGAGUUCUACAUCGCAUUCCGAUCAUUAGGCAACUCCGCAGAAACUCUGACCUUGCUCACUGCACCCGAUGAUCUCACACUGAUAUGUGAUACAGGUUUUUGGAAGUUAUGGAUGGCUCAUCCAGCAGAUGGAAAAGCUGUUAUUUCUUACCGAUAUAGUGGAUCUGGACCUGAGUUCAAUGUUUACCUUAUGUCGCCAGCAGCACUUCGAACUUUUGUAGCAGUAACAACAUCAAAAUCUCAGAUUGAUGCAUCAGCACCAUACGCAACUAUCGGUAGAAACGGAGCACCUCGGACAAUUGUAGCACGUAUAUUGGACGAUACUAAUACUGUGGCCAGUGAUCUAAUGGUAAAGUUAUCAUCCGGAAUUGCGGAAUUGGAACCAGGCAUCAUAGCACGUCCAAUGUGUCAGUAUUUCGUCGUACUGGGUACGGUCAUUUGUAACGUCAGCGCACCAGCAAUCCUAUCAGUAACAUCCAAAGAUUUCAAAGGAUCCGCUGUACCAUUUUUAUGUGUCGAUGAAGAAGAUUUAACACCACGUAGCGAGAUCACAUCACUGAUGGAUGAUUUGCCACAGGUACACGACGAAUUUGAUCAAGAUGAAGUAUCCUGCUCCACUACGCUCACCGCUAGUCCUUUUACCAAACAAAUGCAGAGGACGUUCUCUAUUGUGGCUCGGAAAACAAAAGAUACUAACGACAAUAGCGUAUCGACGGUUGACAACCUCUUUGUGCUCCCAAAUGGUGUGUUUAGUUAUCUCGUUCCCUAUAUGCGACAGAAUCCCAGCUAUUUUACCACGUGGUCGGCGAAUAUUUUCACCAGUGACAACCCUGGACUGACCACUCAAAACUCGGAUUUCACUUCCUACAUUAACAACGUGAUGAACUCUGUUCAUAAUGCAAUCGAAAAUGACGACUCGGUCUACGACUACGCUGCAGCGUUGGAACAUGCGCUACAUGCUAAAAACACAUAUUCAGAUGUACUUGUUGUUAUUGAUUCUGAAACAGAUGGUAAACUAGACAACGUCGACGUUCUUGUAAGCACCUCUACAACCCGAGCUAGGUUUUUCUUUGUUUUGGUGGAAACGUAUACGUCCUUUAAUAAUUCAGUGCAUACAAGUAUUAGUGAAUUGGCUGCUAAAAGUGGUGGAAUAGCAUUCAGGGUGGAAAGCUAUACUUUGGUUCAACAGUUCUUUGAACAAUAUUUCAACGUCAUUGUUAGCGACGAGCUAGUUCUUUAUCAAUCAUUCAACACUACAGAAUUAAUCCUUGAAUCAAAAUCAUUCUAUGUUACUGCUGGAAGGGAAUACGUAGUACUUCUAACAAGUUCGGAUAGCGCAUCAUUAGUGACGGAAAUCCAACUUCAUGGAAAAGAAGGCGAUUUUGCUUGCUCAAAUACCACUAUUGGUCGUGAUUUGAUUCUAUGGACAUGUACGUCUGGAUUCAACUCAGGCACUUAUACUUUGCAAGCACAAUUUCAGGAUUUGAACGCUACGUCUACAUCGGGACAAAUUUUCCUCUACGAAAAAAAUUACACAGUGACCACUAGUGUAACGUUGUCUUCGGAAAAGGAUAUGGAUGCCGAUAACGAUGGAGUUCUCUGCAAUGACCAGGAACAAAGUCACAACGUAACUUUGAUGCGACACGAUGGUGACGAAAUUCUUGUACGUGCCGCUACCGCCCGUAAUAAUUGCCUUUUCUCAUAUUUUGUCGAUCAGCAAUGGUGGUGUACUGAGAGGGAUCACAUUUUCCAAAUAAAAGUAAAUUCUAUGAUUGGAGAUUCACUCAUUACGCGAACACAAAUUCUUCCUUGCGUUGGUAAAGGUAAUUCAACGUGUAGUCAGGGUGUUCAAGAUGGUGACAAGUGUAUUUGCUGCGUAGGAUGGGAAGGUCCGAUAUGUCAAUGGAGAAUAUGUCAAAAUGGAGGAUCGAGGAUGCCUGACAACAGUUGUAAAUGUGUCGACACGUUUCAGGGGGAUUUUUGUCAAAUUAGCACUUCUUCAUGUAAUUCCUCUAGCAAUUCACCUUAUCUUGCAAAUGAGAUAGGAACACUCAUUCUUAUUGUUGAGCGAUCCAAUGAAACAGUGGAGAUUGACGGGAAAUCCGCUCAGAACCUGCUUGGUGUUCAGAUCAUUGUCAUCUAUUAUCCUCAACUUCUUACUCUGCUUGAUCCUUUCGAGGAUUUCAACUCAUAUGCUGAGCCCGAACAACCAUAUGAUGCUAUUUCACUCGGCCUAAACAGUCAGCUUACUUCCCGAGCGUUAAUCGUCCUGGUUUCACGAGGAGGAGAUCACGCUAUUGAUAGGAACGUAAUCAGUCGAUUAUCCUUACAAAGAGCAGAACUUCGAGUAUUCAGUGAACAACUAUCGUCUAAUCUUACAUUGCUCGCUAAACUCGGGAAUGGAGUACCUUUCCGAAGUUCACGGAAAGAAUUUUGCCAGAAAUACUUCCCGAGUUACGUUGUACCUCUUACAUCAAAGGCAACAUCGCUUUCAUCUCCGAUUUUCAACGUGAUUGCUUCGGAUUUCACAUGCACAGCUUCACUUACCAUACCGAAGGAAUCUUUCGCACAGAAGCUAACUAUGUUCAUUUAUCUUGGUAACGACCAAAUGAAUGCCACAGUUGAACAAGGGCCCAACGCGUUAUCGCCCACGGAUACCGGAUCACCAGUCAAGAGGUUCACUAUCAAUUCAAAUGUUCAAACUACUAUCAAAAUUUCUGGUGUUGGUAAUUGUUCUUAUUCUAUUGAAAUUCUCAAUUAUUACAAAACUGGCUAUGUAUUCCAAAAGGACAAUGUAAAUGAAAACGGCUACCUAGGACCACUAUCGGGCAUAAACUAUCUUUCACUUUACUCCGCCAGAUCGUCGUCCGACACUGGUUCCGCGAGACCAUUUGCCCAAAUGCGCCCUAUUUACUUGGAUGGAACUAUUGGCGAAAGCAGUGUGAUAGCAUCCUCAGCAAAAACAAAUAACUGCACUUAUCCCUACUAUAUUCCCUUAAACUGCACUGAAGGCAUCUAUGCAUAUCAAAUCCAGGUUCACACAUUCUCAUCCACAACCUCUUCCCCCAACUGUCAAGUUCCAUCUCGACAACAACAAAUUACAGCGAUUUGUACUGCACUUGAAUCGUGUAAUGGAAAUGGAGAGCUUAUAAAUGGUGUUUGCCAAUGUUACAGCGCUUGGGAAGGGGUCGAUUGUCGGCUACCCAUUUGCGCUAACGGAGCUACAAGACAAGGAAAUGUCUGCGUUUGCGCAGCCGGUUAUUACGGCACUAAUUGUUACGAAGCUCCAACGAAAAAUAAUGGAACAAAACGAGGAAUGGCGUUCAUCGUGGAUUCCGUUGGAUUCGAUGACAAUGCCUUCAAUUCCAGUAUUAAUGCAAUUGUAAACUACGUGAAUUUAUUCGAAAUGAAUAAUCUUCAAAUAAUGCUGAUCGAUAAUACUAAUGUGAUCAUCAAGAACCCAGCAUUCAGUACUUACACAAACCUUACGUUCCUGAAUGCAAUUUCGGAAAUCUACGGUCGUAGAACGCGCACAAGACCUCUUCAACUCGACUCUGUAUUCUCGACUAUUCUGCAAGGUGCAGAUGUUCUGAAAAGUUCUUACAAUUACAUUUUUUAUGUAACGCAAACGGGUGGUGUUUUGACUAAUUCGUCUGUGUUGGGAAAACUCCGUGGUUCGACUCAUAUGUUUGAAAUAAGUUGUAUCGGAAUCUCUGCUCCUUCCAAGACGCUUCCUGAAAAUGUAAUUGUUGAUUUAAACAUGAUCGGCGAAACUCAAACUGCAGACAAUUGGUAUUCGGCGAUGACGGAAAUGAUGGCUGUAUCACUAACUACGGACUAUCCUCCGCCAAGUGCUCCUCCUCAACCCGCGUGCACUAAUAUACAAGCAAGUAUCUGGAUUGCUGCAGAUUUAUCCGUCGGAGUAUCUGAUUAUAGAACACAGAUGCAGUCAAUUCUACAGUUGUUCCCAACAGCGUUCAGUACUUCUUUUGAUAUUUCUGCUCCAGGGCAAGGAUGUAGUAAUAAGAAGAAUAUUUCGAAUGUUUAUGAAGGGUAUUCACGUAUCUCAGGUUGGUCAUACUAUGCCGGUCAGUAUGGAGAAAAUGACCCAACAUUUUGUGUUUCAAAUUUGGGUACUGUAAUUUACAGUGUGGGAAUGGACGGCGGUGGAAAACCUAACUAUGACACUGGAAGUCGAAAUUUGUUAAAGUUAUUCAAUGCCACUCUGAGCAACAAUUGUUUAUGCUCCCGAUAUGAAGAGCAAGAAACGAGAAAAAUUGUUAUUUGGAUGCCGAUUUAUAGUUACAUAUCUGAUAGUUACGAACAAUUCUUCAACUAUCCAUACGAGCACUACGUGGUUCCUUUCGGAUACGAACUUAAGGAUGGAGAUUUCUAUUAUGGUCUAUCUACAAAUAACGGAAAAUUCGACGGAGCAUUGCCAAGAGACGUUCUAGGAAGUGCUGCGAAUGUUGUGAACUAUCUAUGGGAAGCGAUAUGUGGAUCAUAA